CUCAAUGAGGAGAGAAGAGAUCAAAGCAGCAACAUUCUAUUAAACUUAUUGCCAAACAAGGGAAUAAAUCCCUUGGUUAGGGAUAGCUGACCGUAUCCUUAUUUAAGAAGCAGUUCUGAUGCAUGCUGCUUUUCCUGGGUCUGGGAAACAAUGACUGAUUUCUAGCUCUGAUAUGAUACUUGUGUGUGGCUUCUGUCUGUGUAAGAGACCAUGGAUCUCUGAUCUUUCGACUGGACGACAACCCUGACUUGAUUCUUGGACCCUGGAUUGGAUUUAGACGCAUCUUCUGCCUGCUUCUAUUAAAAACAAGCUUUUUCAGGAUGAAGAUGAGGAGUUUCAUCAUAAUGGCUUAUUUAUGCCAUGGAAUGCUCAGCUUGGAAGAACUGGAAACUUCAGAAAGACUUGACACUAACUAUAAUGUGGACCCGGAGUGUUUUAUGAAUAUUAGUGAAAUUAUUAGUUUUCAUAACUAUCCAAGUGAGGAAUAUCAUGUUGAAACAGAAGAUGGAUAUAUACUUACCGUUAACAGAAUACCACACGGAAGGUACAAUGGGGCAAAUAAAGCUGCACGACCUGUUGUGUUUUUCGUACAUAGCAUCCUUGGAGAUGGUUCCCACUGGAUUUCUAACCAGCCCCACAACAGUUUCGGUUUCAUAUUAGCAGAUAAUGGUUAUGAUGUUUGGCUUGGAAAUAGCAGAGGAAACACCUGGUCUUCAAAUCAUAAGACACUGAAGCCAUGGCAGAAGGAAUUCUGGAGCUUUAGUUUUCAUGAGAUGGGAUACCAUGACAUUCCAGCCAUCAUAAACUUUAUCCUGAACAAAACCAAACAGCAGCAGCUUUAUUAUGUGGGCCAUUCAGAAGGCACAACGGCUGGUUUCAUCUCAUUCUCUUCUUGGCCAGAACUGGCUGAAAGAAUUAAGGUCUUUUUUGGAAUGGGACCUAUAGCCACACUAACAUAUGCUACAAGUCCUCUAGUAACAAUCUGGGCCCCUCCUCUGCUAAUAAACACACUGUAUGGCUACAAAGGAUGUUGGCAAUAUCCCAGCAGUAUGAGAAAGCUUAUGGUUGCGGUUUGUAAUUUUCAACCUAAACUCUGUGGAUUUUUACUGUCCUUUAUAGCUGGUGCUAACACUCCCAAUUACAACAUGAGUCGUAUGGAUGUGUAUAUGGCACAUUCUCCUGCUGGAACAUCUGUACAAAAUCUUCUUCACUGGAAACAGCUCUAUAAUGAAAAGGUGUUUCAAGCAUAUGACCAUGGCACUAAGGAAAAGAAUAUGGAGAAAUAUAACCAGGUGACUCCUCCUGUAUACAAGAUAGAAGAUAUAAAAAUACCCGUUGCGCUCUGGUCUGGUGGAAACGACUUAUUUGUGAACAUAAAAGAUAUCCAGGCAUUACUAGCACGGCUUAGUAACGUCAUAUAUCACCAGCAUGUUCCUGAAUGGCAACAUCUAGAUUACAUUUGGGGACUUGAUGCACCUGAGGUUAUGUACAAGCGUAUCAUUGAGAUAAUGAAAAGAUAUCAGUGAUUCCUCAGCAGUGAUUUACAGAGAAAGCAUAUUGUAUGAUGACAAUUUAAAAACACACCUUUAGGCUGUUUUGAAAUCUUUUUUGAAAUUUUUUUUAAAUUUUCUUUUAAGACAAAACAAACAUAAAAACAUUUUCAAUCCGAAUAUUGUGCAUCGGCAGGGUGAUUACAAAUCUCUUGUGCCUUUAUAAUUUACAAAUAUCCUUAAUUUAACUAAAUUUAUAUCGUCAUCAACUUGUAUCCAGAACUUAAAUUAACCAAUGGGUAUAACCUUUAUUUUUCUCAUUCCAUAUGCAUAUCCUCUAAUAAGUAUUUUAUCUGGUAACAUCAUCAAUUCUAUCAUUCUACGCCAUUCCUUUAAUAUUUCAAUUAAUAAUAUUUUUUCUCCAAUCUUUGUUAACAUAUCUUCCCUUCUAGCCAUUGAUAAAAUAUAUCCCAUAUCUUAUAGUAUUGCUUUUCUUCCUGUUCUCUUAUUUCAAAUGUCAAUUUACUCAUUUCAGCACAUUCCAUUAUUUUCCUAAUUAUUUCAUUUUGCAAAGGUAUUUUCUCACUUUUCCAAUUUUUGGCAAACACUAUUCUAGCUGCUGUUACAAUAUUUACCAUCAAAUAUUUCACUUCUCUAUUAUAAAUUUCUGGUAUGAUCCCAAGUAGAAAAACUUCUGGUUUAAAAUCUAUGUGCUCUUUAAUAAUUUUUUCCAACCACGUGUGUAUUUUAGUCCAAUAUCUUUUAGCUUUCACACAUGUCCACCAUAUGUGGUAAUACGAUCCAGGUAACUGAUGACAUUUCCAAUGUUUUUCGGAUUUGUCCUUGAACAUUCUAGCAAUUCUUGUUGGGGGUAAAUGCCAUCUAUAAAACAUCUUAUACAAAUUCUCUUUAUAAGUCGUAGACAUUGUCAUCUUAUAAUUAUAUGUCCAUAAUUUUUGCCAUGUCUCUAAAUCAAUCCCAUGCCCAAAAUUCUUCCCCCAAGCAAUCAUUGUUUCCUUGACUUGUUCUUCUUCUAGUUUAAUCUCUAAAAGUUAUCCAUGCAACUUUGUAAUUAAUUUGUCAUCAGUUCCUGUUAAAAUUUUAUCAAAGCUAGUCAAGUUGCUAUAAAAACCUUCUGUCUUGGAAUCUUUCUCAUAUCUAGAAUGUAUUUGCAAGUAAGAAAACCAAUUCAUCUUUAUAUCUUCACUUUCCAAUUCCUGCAUUGUUUUAAGUUCUCCUUUCUCAUUUAACAAUUCUUUAUAUCUAACAAUUUGUUCCUUUCUAAACAUGAUUGUAUAUGAAAAAGCCUCAAUAGUUGAUACCCAAACUGGGAUUUUUUAAAAAUGGCUUUUCUUAAUUCUCUCCCAGUUUGAUAACAAAGCCUCUCUUUUAAAAUGUCUUCUAAAAUAUCCCUGCAUUUUAGCCUGUCCAUACCAUAAAAAAGCGUGCCACCCCAUUAACAAAUCAUGGCCUUCCAGAGUCAAUAUUGUUCCUUAGAUUUAUCCAUUCCUUGAUCCACAUUAAGUUUGCGGCUUGAUAAUAUAAUUCCCAAUUGGGUAACCCAAAUCCCUCUCUUGUUCUCACAUCUUGCAACAAUUUUAAUUUUACCCUCGCUUUUUUCCCUUGUCAUACAUAUCUCAAUAUCAUUUUAUUCAGUUCAUGAAAAAAAAAUUCCCCAGUUUAAUUGGAACUAUCUGGAACAGAUAUAAUAUUUUGGGCAGUAUAUUCAUUUUAAUCGUUGAAAUUUGUCCAAUCAAUGAUUACUGCAGAUUCUCCCAUUUUGCCAAGUCUGACCCAAUCUGCUGUUUGAGCUUAUCAUAGUUAUUCUCUUUCAAUGUACUACAUCUUGCAGUUAAGAAGAUCCCCAAAUUCUUAACUUCAUUCGUAAUCUGCAUCCCUGACCUUUCUACUAGUUCAGUUUUUUGUUUCUGUAACAUAUUUUUUGUUAAGAUUUUUGUUUUAUCUUUAUUUAUUUUCAAACCUGCAACUUCUCCAAAUUCUUUUAUUUUAUCUAUCAAUAUAUUUAUAGAUUCCAAUGAUAAAAUGAUAAAAACCAAUGAUAAAAACCAGAUCAUCAGCAAAUGCUUGUAAUUUGUAUUCUUCCUUUUGUAUUUUCAUACCUUUUAUUUCUCUUUCCUCUCUAAUAAUUCUAUUUAGUACUUCUAAUGUUAAGACAGACAGCAGAGGGGAGAGUGGGCAACCCUGUCUUGUUCCUUUUUCUAUUUGAAUCAAUUCUGUCAAUUCACCAUUUAUCAUUACUUUUGCAGAUUGUUUCUGAUAUAUAGCUUCUAUUGCCUUAAUAAAUUUUUCUCCAAAACCCAUCUGUUCCAUUUGUAAAAACAUAAAAUGCCAAUUAACAUUAUCGAAAGCUUUUUGUGCAUCAAGAAAUAUCAACACCAUCUGUUUCUCCAGAUGUGCCUCAUAAUAUUCUAAAGUGUCCAGUAUAAUUCUCAUAUUGUUUUUAAUGUGUCUCUUGGGCAGAAAGCCAUUUUGAUCAGAAUGUAUAAAGUCAUUCAAGUAUCUUUUCAGUCUUUUUGCCAAAAUUAAAGCAAAUAUUUUAUAGUCUGAAUUUAACAAAGAUAUGGGCCUAUAGUUUUUAACUUGUUGCAAAUCCAUGUCUUCUUUUGGGAUAAUAGUAUGCGACCUAUCCCUUGACACUACUCUUCGAUUCUUACUAUGCUACAGAGCCCCCGACUAUGACAUUACCCACGCAAAUAUGCUAACCUCAAUGCUAACAUGGACUACCUCUUGCCCAUACCCUCUUAUCUUCCUUGGUGACUUAAAUCUACCUCUCAUUAACUGGACAACCAAUGAAUGUUCAACUGACCCAAUCCAUACUACACUAUACAACGCUGUUACAAACCUAGGUCUUGAACAACUUGUAACUAACAAUACAAGACUCAACAACUGCCUUGACCUCAUCUUCUGCAACAAUCCAAACUCAAUUUACGGAAUACAAAUUAAAGAACCUUUUUCAAACAGUGACCACUGCAUGAUUGAUUUUCGUCUCAAUAUACGUCCAUACUUAAUUCGCCAUAACACCAGAACUCCCAACUACAACUUCAAGAAAGCCAAUUACGACCUUAUAAACAACGAUCUUUCACUUCUGAACUGGCAAAAUCUGUUUGCAACCUGCAUAACCGCUGAUGACCUCUAUAGAAUCUUCCUACUUGAAAUCAAUAGAGUCAUUAAAUUAUAUGUACCACGAAUGACCACCAU